UUAGUUCUCGAGGCCACAUCAAACCACUCGAUCGGUUCUUCUGCAAAUUAAACCAAAUUUCCCAACUAUCAGCCAUGCUGACCUCAAGUUUUCGUGGAGUGCUUUUCGGAUGGCUUCUUGUGGUGACUUGCCAGCCGGCUUUUGCGGGCAGUGCCGGUGACUACGAGGAGCUGUGUCGGCUGUUCAAGAACGGCACCCGGAUCCGAAAGCCAGGCACCUGCGACCAUUACAUCCAGUGCGUCGACGGCGAGGGCACCCUCCUGUCCUGCCCCUCGGGCGAGUCCUUCGAUCCCAACGAGGACAAGUGCGUGACCACGCUGGCCAAUAGCCACCAGUACUGCGGCAACCGCUGCGAGGGCUUGGAUGGCCAGUGGGUGUCCGAUCCGACCGAGUGCCACAAGUACUUCUACUGCAUGAACGGAGUGCCACUGGCGGGGAUGUGCCCCGUCGGCCAGCACUUCGAGGAGAGCUCCCAGUCCUGCCUGCAUGGAGUGGACUCGCAGUGCGUGGACGUGAACAACAUAUGCGAGCUGGUGGCGAAGGAUACCAAGUUCCGGGCCGAGGACGACUGCAGCUCCUACUACAAGUGCGAUUCGAAGGGAAACCACGAGGUCUCGAGCUGCACUUCUAAGGCAGUAAAGUACUUCGAUGUGGAGAGCGGCAACUGCGUGGAACCGAAACUGGUGGAGUGCACCGCCCACCCGAAGGCGGGUAUCUGCUCCAGUUCCCAGGUCGUGGUCUUCAAAUCGGAUGGGGCCAGCUGCCGUGGCUACUUCAUGUGCAAGGCCCUGCAUCCCGUCGCCGAUCUGGAUCCCCAGUGGAUGCAGUGCCCCGAGGGCUACUUCUUUGACGAGGAACUGCAAGUCUGCGGCAGGGCCACCUCGGUGAUCUGCACCCACAACAGGUGCGACGGGCGGGGCACGAUGCUGGUGACCAGCAGCAGCAACAACUGCCACAACUUCAUCCGGUGCGAAAACAACAAGGAGGUGGAGGAGGAGACCUGCCACUUUGACCACUUCUUCGACGAGCGGAUCGAGGCCUGCAGCUCCACCAUUAUCUACGACAAGUGCUGCGACGAUCGCGACUGAUUGGUUGACUUACGGCUUUAUCCACAAUUAUAAAUUGCAAAAACAAAA